UGGUAAGAAGUGGGCGUGCUGCGGGUUGUAGAUCUGUGCUCUUGAUCUGAAGUCUGGCAAUCUGGAAGUAUGAUCACCACUUAAAUACUGAUGGUCUAUUUGUACUUCAGUGCCCAUUAGGAUGUGCUGUUAUGUCAUAGCCUAUUUUUCAACAGUGUAAAUAUCAGUGCAAUCAUAGUUUUGUUCUUUGCCUUAAGCAAAACACUGCUGGGUGUGCCCAAAAUGGCUAUUAUCAGGACCCAUAUGCUGGUGCUAUGCUUCCUACUUCUGCAAGGCUCAAGUCAUGGUGCUGAAGAUGAGCUUCCUUCUUCAGAAAUGAUUAACCAAUUGGCAAGGAGCCUGGGAACUGAACUUGGCGACGUCUUUAUGACGUCAAGUAAAUAUGACGUUCUACAAACAAGCUACCGGGAUGAUCUGCUGUCCAGCGUGCGAUUUGAAGAAGUCAAUGCCGAAGCAGAGCUGGCCAGCAUGGCGACGAAAAUCACGGAUAUCUUCACGAAACGCUCCAGGGCGCUCAAGGACAUCGUCACCACGGCCGAGGACCAGACGUUCAUCUACGAGUACGACCCGAACCUGCAAACGGGCGACGUGGCGCUCUUCAAGAUGGCCAAGUACAACGAAUCAAGUCCGGACCUGGAGCUCGACGAGCACUUUGGCCGCGAGGUGAACUUCAGCCAGUCGGGCGUGCACACGCCACUCGAGGUCUACGAGGGAUGGUUUUUUGCCAAGUACAAGGGCCAGCUUACAUUCAUGGAUGAUCGGGACGUGCUGAACGGGCUGCGCUGGUCGGCGGCCGUGGACCGCACGUUCCGUGCCAACCGCGACCGCGACCCGACCAUCAGCUGGCAGUACCUGGGCAGUCAGCUGGGCUUCAUGCGCGUGUACCCGGCCACCUGGUGGCAGCCGCCGCCGGCGCUCGACGGCGUCGACCUGUACGACGUGCGCCGCCGGCCCUGGUACAUCGAGGGCUCCGUCUCGCCCAAGGAUGUCGUCAUCCUCAUGGACAUCUCGGGAAGCGUGCACGGCCAGACGUUUGAGAUCAUGAAGAUCUCGGUGAAGACGGUGCUCAACACGCUGGGCGAGAACGACUACGUCAACAUCGCCUGGUCGACCAACCACGCCGGCUGGGCCAACCCCUGCAUGGACACGCUGGUGCCGGCCACCAUGAUCAACAAGCGCACCCUCUUCGCCGCCGUCGACGCCAUGCAGGCCCGCAACACCUCCGACUGGGCCAAGGGCCUCGACUUCGCCUACAAGGCGUUCGUGGACUUCUACAGCCAGCAGCCGGAGCACGCGGGCGCCAAAUGCCACAAGCUGAUCAUGUUCUUCAGCGACGGCGGCACCGAGUGGCCCGGUGCCGUCAUCGACAAGUACAAGAACGAAACGCUCACCAAGGACGUGCGGCUGUUUACCUACGCGCUCGGACCACACCCGGUGCCGUCGCACAUCAUGCGGCGCAUGGCCUGCGAGAACGGCGGCUUCUUCUCCGUCAUCGUGGCCAGCGGCGCCAUCAGGACCGCCAUCCAGGAGUCGUACCUGCCGGUGCUGGGCCAGCCGCUGGCGCUGUCCGGCUCGCGGCCGGCGGCCGAGACGCCGCCCUACCUGGACGCCGGGGGUCUGGGCUACGUGACCACCCUCUCCAUGCCCGUGUUCAACCGGUCCGAGGCGUCGGACGGCCAGUCGCUGCUCGGCGUGGCCGGAGUGGACGUCACCAUGCGUGAGAUCCACCGACACGCGCCCUGGAAGAAGCUCGGCCCGUUCGGCUACACGUUCGCCAUCAACCCGAACGGCAUCGUGCUGUUCCACCCUCGUCUCCGCGAGCCGCUGCACUACAUGGAGGACCCGCCCGAUCUGGACCUGACCCUGCUGGAGGGCGACAACCAUGUGGUGAAGGACCUGCGCACGCAGAUGAUCCGACGGAACUCGAACAGCGUCAGCAUGAACCAGACGGUGGUGCUGGAGGACGGUCACGUGGUACACGUGCGGAACCUGCAGUACACGUACCGGCCGGUAGAUAACACCACCCUCAGCCUGGGCCUGGUUCUGCCGGCUCGCCAGACGCACAUGGUGGUGUUCGGCCAGUCGGUGUCCGGUGGCCUGCCGCGCUGCGACGGCUGCCUCCUGGCGCCCUCCUGGGAGUACUGCCCAGGCCUGACUGCGGACGGCGCCGAGAGGUGGCAGCAGCUGUCCGACCAACUCAAGGCGGGCGCCGAAGGCUGCGCCGCCGACCUGGUGCAGCACCUAGCGUGGGAUGCCAAGUGGACGGGCGCGGCGCCGGAGCAGUGGCAGACGGCGCAGGAGUCCGGCGUUGACGCCCGCUUUGUCGUCACCGACGGCGGCCUGACCCGCUUCUACCCCGUCUCCAGCGGCGCUGACCUCAGUUCCGAGCUGGACCCGUACCGGAGCGGGCUGUACCGGCACGCCUCACUCACCGAGGACCUGAUCUUCCGACCGCGGGCCGAGAGCGGACGAGUGCUCGCCGCACGCAGGAUAGCGGUGGCCAGCAGCACUGGCGGCAUCUACACGCUGGCUGUGGUGGGCGUGCAGUACAACGCCACCUGGCUGUGGGAGCGAGUGGACCGGGUGCUGGCGGCCUGCUCGGAGGAGGCGGGCGUGCGCUGCUGGCUGCUCGACACGGCCGGCGACGUGGUGUACUCGAGCGGGGAGAGCCGCUGGCUCGGCCAGCACCUGGGCCUCGAGGACCCCGAGCUGAUGGCCGCGCUCGUUAACGCCACCGUCUACAAACAGGACGUGGUGUACAACUAUCAGGGUGUGUGCAGGAAGAAGCGGCCGAACGCCAGCGCCGCGCCUUCGCUGGCCGACCCGCUGCGUUGGCUGAACGUCGACCUGCUGGUGGACCUGGCGGCCGGCGCUCUGAGCGUGCUCGACCACCUGCGUUAUCUGCUGGCGAGCGCACUCCUGUCGUAUCAGGCGCCAGCGGCGGCCGCGCUGGACGAGUUCGGGUUCGAGAUCAACGCGUUCGAGCACUCGUGCACGCAGCGGCUGGCGCGGACAGAGCUGACGCGCUCCCGCCGGCCGUACCAGGGCGAGCUACGCUGCCCGGUCUCCGGCUGCGUCCGCUCCUUCAGGGCGUCGCUGGUGGCCGACACGAACCUGGUGCUGGUGGCGGCGAGCCUGCCGUGCGGGUGUCCAGAGCUGGCCGGCGAAGACCUGCCCUUCCGGCCUGAGGAGGACGUGGGGCCGGACCGCUGUGGCGAGGACAAGACGCCUCUCUUCAGGCGCAGGCCCGACGCCUGCUUCGCCACGCAUGAGAAGGAGAAGCCGGCCUGCAGCGGCUCGGGCCUCGCCACCGCCAGUCUGCUGCUGCUGCCGCUGACGAUGGCGGCACGUGUCGCCGCGUAGCCGGCCGCCAGCGCCGGCCGCUGCCGGGGCUCCAGCGCCCGCCGAUGCGCCGGUCAGACCUCUGCCGUGUCCCGGCCUGCCCCCGCCGGCCGUCCCGAGCGGCACCCCGGGCCGGCGUCAGACCACGAGACGAGGCACGUGUCCGCGUCUGGACCGCACAGCGGAGGCGCGCGGGUCAGAGGCAGGCCAGUUUCGCGUCAGGUUUUCGUUCACGUCUGGAGAGGGGUGGUGUUGUUGGAGACGCAGCGCGUCCGGCCGCCUUGUUCCUCUGGCCUCGGUCCUUCGAGACCAGUUUACGUGGGAUGCGUCGGACACGCACGACGCCUGUCAACACGACGCAACCACUUGCGUAGGACGACACAUCGGGUCGAAGUACCGGUGGGAGUUUGCUCACGUGGUGAUUUUGUUUCAUGUUUUGUUUGGGCUUUGUUGGGUUUUGUUUGGCUGGAGCUGCCUCGGCCUGCAAGGCCGUCGCAGAGCGGCGGUGUUGAGAAGAGAGCUGGGCAGUACCGCGGCCGGCGUGGAGUCGGGUCAGCCCGGGGACGACCCACUCCGCGCAGGAGCCACGCGUCAAGGCUCUCUCGGGCGCUCGGGCGAGGCUGCCUGACGGCGGCCGUCUGCCGGCGGAGUGGCCGCGUGUUGCGAGCGUGCAGGGCGAGGUGGUGAGUGCGGAUGUAAGAGUGGAGGGGGGCUCAUAUAGAGUUAGGUGACGUGCAUUCAGCGGGUGAGCGGCCGCUGCGGCACUUCAGGUCGCGAACGCGCUGCACCAUGUUACGCUUGCGAUUCUUGCUUUAUAUGCAACGCCGGCCAGCUCCUUCUGUCUCAUUUGAUGUGGGCCGGCUUACACAGCUCGUGAUGUAUCACGCACAGGGCAAUGCUUACAAAGACAAUCCGAGCCCCCGCAGCUCUGUGAUGGAAUCGGUGAUUUUGCGGCAUCGAUUCCAGCUUCGACAUGGAAGCAGGUGACAUGAUGGUGUCAGUAGGUGUCUUUCCGCGGUCGAAAGUGUGAAUUUCCUCAGGAAAACGCGGUCGUUACCAAAAGACAGUUGCAAACAGCUUGCACCCCGUGUAAGUCAUUUGUCACCGGAACGUGCUUUGCUCAUUGCCUGGAAGCAAGCAGUCGCAACAAUUAAGUGCACCCAUGAGACAGCUACACAAAUGGCUCGACGCAAACAGUCGUCAGAUCAUAAAAUUGUCUUGCCAUUACUAAACUUCUUCUUUAUUCUUAACGGGACAUUCUAAUAGCAUUCUGCAAGCUAUGUUGAACUCUUCCAGCACAUUAUUCCGUUUCACGAUGCAUUCCUCUUUGUUUCUCUCAAUCUGAAUGAGUGCCUUGGAAAGCUCGGUGCAUAAAUUACUCAUGCUGUUGAUUGUACUUGUGCGAACAACGAUUCCAUGAUCAACAAAUUUGCUGUCACGUGAACUUAGCAACAUUUCCCUCCCGUCGAUAAUUAUGAAUGCCCUCAUCGUGCGCAGAACCACGGACGCAUUUAAAUGCUGUAGUCAUUAGCCCAUGCUGCCAGCUGUUUUGGGAUGUCAUUUUUCGUUCUUGACAUGCGGGCACGGUCUGUUGUCUUGUGACGCACCAACGUGCACGUUUCAACUCAAGCAACGUCUUCAAUUUGUGUCCUGUACGAGUGGUUCGAAAUGUUUGGCACUAUUCUGGUGCGUUGUGCAACGCAUUGUUCCGGUGUUGAAUUCGGUUCUGGCAGUCUAAAUGUGUGCCCCGGUUUGAAAUUUAUUGGCAAAUUAAGUACCAUAGUUCACUUUAGGGCAGGCCGUACGCAUGGCGCGGGUCUCCAGAUUUGCCGUGCAAGAGGUCGGGCCUGGGAAGUGACGUGGCUUCGCAGCGGUGGUAUGCCUGGGCACGGGCGAUCUCUAUCAUCUUACCACUUCCGCGUUGCAAUGGUUUGGUUUGAGCAACAUGCACUUUUGCGGCAUAUUCGUAGAUUGUGGAUCAUGUAUUCGAUUUAGUGAUAUCAACCCAGCGUACGCUGUCAUUGUUUCAUUAUGGAAUGCGUUGGGAACGCUUUUGGCCUGUUUGGUGACUGAUCUUGCAUUCCAUUGCAUUAUGAAGGUUUCAUACUGGCCAUUUUGCCCUCAGAAAGCCUCCUUCGUUCGCGGUAUCAUUGGUAUGGUCACCAACCCAGGUUAUCUCGCGGGCUGAAUUUAUUCUUUGAUUUGAAUCAUGACUAUACCACCCUCUAGCCAUUGGUGCAUGCAUCCUCUUCUGGUUCUGUUCGCUUUCUCGUUUCAUGCGAAGCUGAAUGCUGGCAUUCCUCUAUUAUUAAAUACUUCAAGCUGCUUUUGGAAGCGUGACCAUCAAAUGCGUGACUGAGAGGAACGGAAUGGGCACGGAUGAAACACAUAGAAGAAACAUUUUUUCUUAAUCCGCCUGAAAUUGAAGCUGUUCGUGAUAAGGCACAUUGGCAAAAUUACCACUCUUCUAAUGCGCGCCAUUAAGGGUAGCAUCUCGAUCUUUGGCUUCGAUCGUUUUGGAGUUUCCUGAUCUUUGAUCAGGGGUAUCUCACCAGAGUGGUAAAUAUUCCAUGUGGCCAGUUUCGCACACCAAAUGACGACUUGUAAGUGCCUCUCUGUAAGUUUAGGUGCAACGACUCACUUUUCAUUGCUUGGGCGUUUACCGCUUUGCGAAAUAAGACGGCAAAGUGAUGUAACGCAUGCCAUGUUACUGGCCGUGAUGCCAGACAGAUGGAAGACCAGUGAAAUUGUGGAUUCGUCCUAGCCGCAUAUAAUUUAGGGGAGUUUGCAGCUGUUGACACUGCCGCCAAAAAAAGGAUUGUUACCAGUAUAACAGAUAAAACAGCGUUUCAUAUAUGUACCGCGCCAGUGUGAGCCCUCGCCUCGCCUAACGCCUCGCUAACAAGAUUUCCAUACACCAAUCAUGUCCGGGUGUGACCGCCAUAAACUAGCUAAUAGCAUGAGCUUACACGCAAAAUAUCGUAUCAUUUCAUGAAAGCAUCCCGCAAAUGUAUACGCCCAACAAUUUUCCGUAAGUGCUCAUCUGAUUGCUCUGAAUACUCCUGCAAUCUCCGGACUUAAGGAAAAGAGCGGUAAUAUAUGACUUUCCAUACUAUCCAGACGCGUCGUGUUAGUUGCAUCGAGCGAGGCAGCCGUUUUCAGAAGCUGUAACUUUGCAACAAUGCAGGCUGCAGAGACGUGUUUGCCACUGGCUGAUACUGACACUUGCGAAAUACCCUUCACUGGCUUAUAUAUAUAUAUAUAUAUAUAUACACUUGUGUGUAGGUGUGGGCUGGGUUUGUGCGUGCGUUUGUCUGCAUGCAUAUGCUGCAUAUACGGCCUUGUCGGUUGUGCGCUGUGGAGAAACAAUGCUAGUCAGCAAGUACCGUCGUGCGUGCUUCAGGGGUUUAAUAGCGCUGUGGUGGUGGCGGUGCCAUCGAGACGUGACUCCAGAAGCACUGAGUGUUAAGCAUCCCGCCAGAUGUCACACUUCGCUGUUUCUCACUGGGGCGGUGUGGUGGCCGGACAUCUGAACCAAAUUGUAACGGUUGCAGGGUAAGUGGUGAUUUUGGCGUGGGAAAGGUGACUACUUGUUGAAAGUGAUCUGGGUUAGAAACGUUUGAUGUUCGAUACGUUGCCAGCGUGUACAUUUUAAGUAGGAAUACGCUGUUUUGGUGUUCGAUGCGGCUUGUGAACUAGAAUACGGCAGUUGAAAGAUAACCCGUCCAGUCCCGCGAGGGUGCAGUUGGAUUUCGCCACCGUCGCAUGAGACGGGUGGCCGUAAGACGCAAUGAUCAGGUAUGUCCGAGACAGUGAGCCAUUCAAGCCACUGAGCACUGGCGCAGUCAUGGCAGCGGGGGGCGAUUGCAAAAACCCCAGGGAAUGACAGCGUCCCGCGGCGUGAAGUGUGCGUUUUCUCCUGCCCUUAGCAGGGCGCGAGUGCUAUGACCUUCCGCUGGGCAGCCGCGGGUUGACGAUGGAGUUUGUUUUAGGGACUAAUCUGUGCAAUGCUGUCAGGCCGCCGCGCUGCUUUGAGACGAUGGAUCGACAGGCAUCGAGCUCGCUUUCAUGUGCCACAUUGCCGUUCGUUUGUACACCUACUGACGCUUAGUCCGUCUCCGCUGAUAUGACAUGCGUUACGACUUUUUGGACGCCGGUGACCUGUCUGUUUCGCGCUGCCUGCUCGUAACGUGCGUAGGUUCUCAGCUGCUGGUCUACGAGGUGCUUCUUGAAAAGGUGUGCGAAUUGUUGUUCACAUAGCUAAUCUACAAUAAAUAUGCAACGGCAUGCUCACACCGUA